CACGUUCCUGGAACUGUCAUGAUGCAGUCACCAUUCGCUUCGCACGUGAUUGGUCGGUGGCAUUCACAGAUAAUACGAACAAAGAAGAGUCAGCUAGCCGAACUUCGCUCAAGGUCCUGUUGUGUGCCGUCUGAACUUUGAUUGUUCCGCGUGUUUCGGGGCCGAGGAAUCUGAGAGAAAGUUGCGUGUGUCAGGUGGCUGUCUGUCCACAAGAAAACAGCUGCACUUCGAGGCGACUGCGCGCUGGCAACUGAAACUAGUGACUCGUAGCCGAUUGUUUUUCAGCAACUGAAGAAAUUUAGAGGAAAAACAAACAAAUUAACGUUUGCUGCUAAUGUCUCAUGUCAUGUCUCCCAAUGGCGUUAACGCAGCUCUCCCAGUGCCUGUUGAAAAGAACCGCCCACAACUCAUAUCCUCCGUGGACAGCCCUCCAGCAGACGUCACACCUUCCAGCUCCACUGCCCCUUGUUCCUCACUACCACAACAUCCUGUCAUUAAGAUGUGGGCAUCACUGAACAUGAAGAGUGAGGCUGACCGUCUGAAAACGUACGAAAAAUGGCCAGUCUUGUUCAUGGACCCACAUGCUCUGUCAGCUGCUGGCUUUUACUACACGAAACGGGAUGAUAUGGUGGAGUGUGCCUUUUGUGGAGUUCUGGUGGGACGGUGGGAGGAAGGAGAUGACCCCUUCACAGAUCAUCAGCGCUGGUCCCCAUCCUGUGGGUUUGUUAGAGGAUUUCCGGUUGGAAACAUUCCCAUCAAUUCUGACGGCCACCCUGAGACACAAGGGAGUCGUAGCUAUGAUGUCUGUGGACCGUUCUUGGAGUUUAGGCCGAAUUCUGGCUCGGAGCGAGCUGUCAGCAGUGGGGUUCAUAACAACCUUUUGACACCAGAGGAGCUACAGAAGCAUGGCAUCAACCAGAGCCACGGCCCAAUGCACCCAUCUUACAACACGUAUGAUUCACGUGUACGGUCAUAUGAGAACUGGCCCCGCUCCCUCAAACAGAAGCCAGACAAACUGAGUGAUGCAGGGUUCUAUUACACGGGUAAGGGAGACCAAACAGUGUGUUUCCACUGCGGUGGAGGACUCAAAGACUGGGAGGAGAUGGAUGAUCCGUGGGUUGAACAUGCAGUGUGGUUUCCCAAGUGUGUGUAUGUUGUGCUGAACAAGGGGCGGGAAUUCAUUCAAGAAUGUCGUAAGCCAAAGGAAGCCGAUGCUCCGGUCCAGGAUCUGAAGAAUCUGCUGGGAGACUUGCAGAAGCCAGAAGCAUCAUCAUCAUCAUCAUCAUCAAGUAAGGAGCCCAGCCUGAAAGCAUCCACUGUGCAAGCAGAAAAUUCAGAUGAGAAGGUAAUAGAUGAUGCACGAGUCUGCCAGAUUUGCUACGAGGAAGAACGGGGAGUUUUAUUCUUACCCUGUGGUCACCUUGUAGCAUGUGUGAAAUGUGCGCCAUCACUUUCAACAUGCGCUGUGUGCAGACAACGAUUCACUGGCACUGUAAGAGCAUUCCUGUCAUAAACACCACGCUGCAAAAAUCCAUUCACACGCAGUCGGCAGUGGCGUGUACUUCACUCCAGUGCUAGGCCUUGGUACGUUAUACCAUCAUCUGACUGACGUAAAAUGUGAGUGCAUUUGGGUCAG